AUGCUGGGGACUGUCCUGCUGCUGCUGGCCCUGGCCAAGACCGCGUGCCCGAGCCCGGCCAGUGCGGCGAGCCGGCGGGCUGAGGCGCUGAAGAAACUCCUGGAAGUCUUCGGCAUGGAAGACCCUCCGGCCCCCCCGACUCACUUCAAGCAGCCGCCCCAGUACAUGGUGGAUCUAUUCAACACUGUCGCCAACGCGGAUGGUGUCACCAAGAACCCUGACAUCCUGGAAGGCAACACCGUCCGCAGCUUCCUGGAUAAAACUCACAGUGAGGAGAUGCGGUUCCUGUUUGUCCUCUCCAGCGUGGCCAAAAACGAGAAGAUCCUGACUGCAGAGCUGCACCUCUUCCGCCUCUGGCCGAGGGUCACAGAUGGGCCCAAAAGGCACCACUUCUGCCAGGUCAGUGUGUACCAGGUGCUGGAGAAAGACAAGCCAGACGCCCCUGGAGGGAAGAAGCUGCUGGCAGCACGGCUUGUCUCACUGCAAACCUCGGGCUGGGAGGUCUUUGCCAUCACGCCAGCUGUUCGCGACUGGACCGAAGAUGAAAGCAGCAACCAGGGUUUGCUGGUGACAGUCCAGGGCCCGGGGGGGAGCCCGCUCGACUCCCCACCACUGCAGUUUGCCUCUGGCCGUGGCCACCACGAGAGCAAGAAGCCCAUGCUGGUCCUUUUCACAGACGAUGGGCGCCGCGGAGCGUCGCUGCCCACAGCCGGCUUCCCAGGUGGUCUCCCUGCCAAGAUGCCGGUGCCCAAGCUGGGCAGGUCACGCAGUACACGCUCGCUGGACCGGAUCCAGCCCUGCCAGAGGCAUCCCCUGUCCGUGGACUUUGAAGAGAUUGGCUGGUCUGGCUGGAUCAUCUCACCUCGGGGGUACAACGCCUUCCACUGCAAAGGCUCCUGCCCCUUCCCUCUGGGCGAGAACAUGCGGCCGACGAACCACGCCACGGUGCAGUCCAUCAUCAACGCCCUGAAGCUGAGCGAGGGUGUCAGCACCCCCUGCUGUGUGCCCGACAAGCUCUACUCCAUCAACCUCCUCUACUUUGAUGACGACGAGAACGUGGUCCUCAAGCAGUACGAUGACAUGGUGGCCGGGAGCUGUGGCUGCCACUGA